AUGGUGAGAGGCAUGUUUGGAAGUGAAUUGGAAGAGCAGGGAUUGGAUUACUUUGGAAUCAUUGAGAAAGAUGUCAAGCCAAUGAUGGAACAAAUGAUGAAGAGUUUCAAUAUUGAGAAUGAUGAUGAUUGUGGAACGACCCUUAGUAUGGUGAAUUCUAUUUUCCUAUCUGAUCAAUUUACGUUGUUAGAGAGCUAUCACUCAUUGGUCAAUCAAACGUUUAAUGCUAAAGUUGAUUCGUGUGAUUUUGUGAAUAAUCAAGAAGGAGAAAUUGCAAAGAUUAAUAAGUUUGUUUCAGAUUUUACAAAGGGAAUGAUUCAAAACAUUGUAGAUUGUAAUUUCAUUCAGAAAACAACUCGAAUUGUUUCACUGAAUGGGAUUUAUUUUGCAGCUCAAUGGAAAGAUCAGUUUGAUCCAUCCGAAACUAAAAAGAAACCAUUCUUCACUUGUGAUGGCUCAGAUUCCGUUUCAAUAGAAAUGAUGAUCAAGAAGGAUACAAGAGUUCUCUACGGUAAUGAUGAUCCUGAUGAGGAUGAAAAUCCUCAAUAUCACUGGAUUAAACUUCCCUACAGAAGUGAACAUUCAAUGAUAAUCAUCAUGCCAAUGGACAAAACUGAAGAAAAUGAUGUGUUUGACAAGUGGAUUGUGGAAAAAUUGGAAAGAAUGUAUUACUUCUCAACUGAAAGUAUUACCAUGGACAGACUUUCACUUCCCAAAAUGAAAAUCAAGGAAAAGGUCAACCUGAACGAUGUCUUUAAAUCUGAACCAUUCAAUAUGAAAAGCAUGUUUUCAGAGAAUGCCAACUUUGAAAGAAUGAUUCAAAAUGAUCAUCUUCCAAUCACUGAUAUUUUCCACGAAUGUGUUAUUGAAAUCAAUGAAGAGGGAACCAAAGCGUCUGCCAUCACUAUCAAAGGAAGAGGAAAAUCAGCUAAAAGCAAAUUCUACUUUGAUGUGAAUCGACCUUUUGUAAUGCUCAUUACAGAAAAUUGCACUCAACAAGUUCUAUUCAUAUCGAAAAUUAACAAUCUUUCCAGUAGUGAAUAA